UUCAUAAUAAAUUCAAUUUAUUUGCAACUUAAGCAAUUAUUGUAAAUUUGUUUCCAUGCCUCCGCAGUUUAAAUAUAUAUAAAGACUUGAAGUAAAGAGUUAUAAAAUAACAACAAACACGCAACGGAAGUUCUUCUGUUAAUUAAAGCCAACAUGCAUCUUGUAAUUUUAGCAGCGAUGAUUUCCAUAGCAACAGCUGUUCCAACAUAUCAACUUGUUUGCCCCAGUGGAACUGAGUUGAAAGGACGAAAAGAUUAUACUGAUCAGCAAACAGAAGGGACUAACUUUGUUGGCUUUACUUGUUGUCCUAUUGGUUAUCCAGACCUUCAUUAUGCAAAUGAAAACUAUUUUUGUUGUCCAGCUGGAACUGGAGCUUAUUGUAUGUCCAACGCUUGCAACUGUAAAUCUACCGCGUUAAAAGGUGGAAAACUACCAACGAUUACAAAAAUUGCAAGUUAGGUAGAUGAGAAAAAACUGGAAAUGAAGAUCUUUGACAUAACAUUCUGAAAUUUAAAAUAAAAAUGAUUUGUUUAAUAAAAUAAAAAAA